AUGGUCUUCCCACUCGAUGGCGCAACGACGACGGCGACCGUCUCGUCGAGUCCUUUGUACCAAGCCGUGUCGACGCCAAGUCGAAGCAGCGCCCAGGACCGGGACGUCGUACCGGGCACGGACGACGUCCUUCGCAGUCGGAGCCACUCGCACGCUUUGUCGGCAAUUCUCGGCGCCAACGGACGCGUGUCGACGCCCUCGACGUCUGUCGUGAACUCCAUGGAUCGACGCGUUUCGAGUCAGCAGCUGCUGCCAGUUGCAGGCUCGACGACGCAGGUGCAGCAGACAAUGGAGGAGCGAGACGAGAAGACGGACACGCCAGCUGGACGCGUGCCGGCGCGCUGGCGACGGCAGCGACGGCGGUGGAGACGAGUUUUGUUCUGGAUCGGUGCAGUCUCGGUUUUAGCUGGAUGCUUUGCACUGAGCUUUGUUGUGCCAGAGCCAAUGGAGACGUUGGCACCGAUCGUGUUAGGAGCGGGCCUGAGUCUCUUGUCGACGUUGAUGGUGCUUGUGUCGUUUGUGAGGCGACGCCGGCUGCGACGAAAACCCAAUGAGUUGCUGGCAUUUGUCGCACUGAGUGAAUUUGGACUUGCGGUGCUUACGCUGGCUCACGUGCUGUCGUUGUGCAGUGCCAAGAAUGGCGAGUGCCGUCCAAUGGGGAUGACGGCGUGCACGAUUGCAGCGAGUCUCGAGAUGUUAUUGCUACUUGCAGGUGUUGGAUGGUUUGGCGCAGCGAUUUUGCACCUCUUUGUGUCAAUCUCGAAUCCGUUUGCUAGUUACAAGCGACAGUUGGUGCUAUAUCAUGUUGUCGUGUGGGGACUCUCGUUCAUUGCGUGUGUUGUGGCACCUCUGGUGCUCUUUUCGAACCACGUGGAGAGCAGAUUCCAACUCACGGACGCCGAAACUUGCCGAAUGGUAGCGUUGAUUCUUCCUUUGCUUCCUUCGGAUGCUGGAGACUCGAUGGAAAGCAGAACACGAAGGUUGGCGCAGUGGCAGGAGCUGAAUUUGAAAUAUUGGGGCGUCUUGAUUGCGAUCGUGGUCUUUGUUGUUGUUGCUGCUCAACUGGGCCUAGUAGUUGGCUGGUGGCGAUCGAACAGUGGCACGAUCAUUGCACUUAAAGCUCGCCGUCGUCUUAUGAAGCGCAUGGCUGUCUACGCCCAUGCUCUCAAUGCUAUGUGGCUCGUGGUGUUGGUGGUCUUUUUCAUCUAUCGAUCAAAUUACAAGGCACUCACUUACGUCCAGGUGGAAAAUGCGUCAGAGCACGUUGAUAAUGGGACGAACUUUAUCAACGCGUUAUUCCGCUUUGUUCUUACUGCCAAGGGAUUUAUUACUGGUGUCGUGUGGCUUAGCGUGAACAAGCCCUGUUGUGCGCUUGGACUUGCGUCUUGCGGCUUGCACCAGUGCAGAGACGAUGACGAAGGCCCAUCGUUGGCACAGUCUGCAUCAGGUUUAUCGCAGUCAGCGUCAUUGGCAUCUUCUCGCGGAGAAGUUGGGAUCCACAGAGCAAACAUGAUAUCGAGUACAGCAAUGUCAAUGGAGGCUGGUAUGCCAGCACCGCGUGAAGCCACGUUGCUAGCACAGGGUAUGUUGACUGACGAGGCCCAUGAAAGUGUGCGUGAAAGUGCUGCAUUACAGCUACGCGAGCAUGACCCGUUGCCAUCGGUAUCACCAGAGGUCGAUCGUCCAUUAGCAGGUCGAUCCAACCGCUCGUUGUCCUCUUCUUACGCUGCUUCUACUAUGGAGUCGUACGAGGCGUCACAGAACAACGAGACACUCCAGCGCGAGAUUAUUUAUUAUACGGUGUGUGGAAUUACUAAGGCCAUCAUUCGCUCAGCUGAACGCGCGAAAGCGGCAGCUCUCACGACUGGCAACGCAGGGACUGAACUUGGAGAGAAUAAGGUCCCCGGUGCGGUAUCGAGGGAUCGUGAGGGUACUGUGGUCGAAACGACACUUUUCGUGGGCGCUGAACGAGACUCGACACUGGUCAACAGCUCAUUUAUCUCGCACGUGCAAAGGGUGACUAUCCUUUCGUCACCUCGAUCGUAUUGUGAACCACGUGCCUCGCUACCUGUUGCUUCCAUUUGUCGUUCAGCAGCUGGAUUAGAUAGCGAUGGUCGUCGUCAGCGUCCACGUCCGACUUCAUUCACCGGAACAUCGACCUCAGAGUCCCGAGGUAAUUGGCGUCAACCGCUUCAGCUCCACCACAGUCGAAGUCAAGGAAGUCGACAUGCUGCCCGAUCCGAUGCCAACUUUCGUUCGUAUAGCCAAGCUCCAGGAAGGUUUUCUCUGUACCCAGUGUCUCAAGUGCCGUUCGAGUUGUUCGAGCAGGAGAUCGAACUGCAGAGCACAAGGUCUUCUGUCGACGAAGCUGCAGCAGAAAGUAAAUCAACCCGAGCAGCAAUGUUUGCGGGAAUACGCCGCACGGCUACAUCAGCUUUUACCCAGGGACGUGGCGUGUUCCGUAGUCGCAGUGAAAGUGCUGAAGCUUCUUUCACUGCAGCUUCUGCUAGCAGUGGAGUGGGGCGUGAGUUUUUACCGGAUGAUCCAAAGCCUAAGGUAUUUGUGGACUACGCACCUCGUGAGUUUCGAGCCAUUCGGUUGGCAUUUGGACUCUCGGACGAGAAGUAUCUGGCCAGCUUUCGAACAACGGCUAAAGAGCGUGUAAGUGCCGGGUCGAGUGGCGCGUUCAUGUUCUUUUCAGGUGACAACUCGCUGCUUGUAAAGAGUCUCAAGGAGAAAGAAUGCCGUGCCCUUGUGGAUAUGGCUCCUGAAUACGCGCGCUAUUUAACAGCAAACCCGCAUUCGAGACUUAUCCGCUUCUUUGGCUGCCACCGUGUGCGUCUCUACGGUCGCAACUUUUAUUUUGCUGUUAUGUCGAACGUAUUGCACCACGAACACCACACUGCUACGAUCAUUGAAAAGUAUGACGUCAAAGGAUCGUGGAUCGAUCGCCGGGCGCGCCGACCGCAACGUGGUGAUCGGGUCACGUGUGCAGAAUGUGACGCAACGUAUGUGUUUGGAGGCUGUGACGACGACGGCAAUGCGGCGAGUACUGCGCUGGAUUCGAAUGGUGGAAGUGCAUCAGGAAUGGAAGACUGUGCGCAGUUCCCGUUCCAUGUGCACCGACCGGAUGUUGUGCUCAAGGACUUGGACUUAGACCGCUCAUUGCAGCUCCCUGAGUCCCUUGCAGCUCACCUGCACGCUCAGGUCGUGUCCGACAGUGGUUUUCUUCGCGACAUUGGAAUAAUGGAUUAUUCAUUGCUCAUUGGUGUCCACAAGUGUCAUCUUCGCGCUCCACGUCCAGGGUACAUGAACGGGCGUGUAGGGAUACCGUCAGAUACUGGCGAAACACCGAACCACAAGCUAAACGUUGCCGAUCCCAAUAGUGGUGCGAACCUUGCUCCGCUUGGGGAAGACGAGGUCUAUUUCGUUGGGAUCAUCGACAUUCUACAACAAUGGGAUUGGGAGAAGCAGUUUGAAAAGGCUGGCAAGGUGCUGCUGGGCAAGUCAGCUCGAGGAAUUUCAGCUGUUGCACCCGCAGCGUACUGCCGUCGGUUCCAAGCACGUUGUAGUCAAAUUCUACUCGGUGGCCCAGCUUCCGAAGACAUGGAUCUCGACUGGGAGGCAGAGACGAAUGCCGUGAAUGGUAAAGAGACCAAGUCUCGGUCAAAUUCGAAGGAGGCUGAGGAGAUUGAAAUGACCAACUUCAUCAGUGAGAAAGCAUGA